AAAGAAAAAAAUAAAGAAAAAUAUAAAAUAGAAAAACAAAAUAAAGAUAAAGAAAAAAAAAAAGUACGUUUUAAACAAGAAGAAAUAACUUAUGAGACUAUUUUAAAUUAUUUCAUUGAAUCCUUUAAUAAUGAAAUAAACAUAGAACAUGAUGAACUCUGUCAAAUAUUAACAGGCAAGAAAUUUUAUGAUAUAGAAAGAUUAGCAAAAAAUGCCACAGAAAUUACUCAUUACUCUAUAAUGAGUAAAAAUAUUCAAAAGGAAAAAGAAAGUUUUUGUAAAAAUUGUGGAUAUACAUAUAAUUAUGAUGAUUAUACAUUCAUGUAUAUGAAGAUCUUUAAUUUAUUAAAAAUGGGAGAAAAGGAGUUUGCAUUUGAUAGUAUCAGAUGUAUUUAUUGUGGAACGAAAAUAGAUGAUAUAGAAUUACAAAAUAAUUUUAAUGAUAAUGAAAAUUAUAUUGAACUUCAUUCCUAUAGAGAAAAAUAUAUAUUUGAUAAAAAUAAAAAGAAAUACUGGAAAAAUAAAAUUACUUCUUUUGAUAAAAAUACUUCAUUAUUUAAAGAAGAGAAAAAUAAGACAUAUAAUAUAACUUACGAAAAAUGUACUGAUUGUGGUAAUGACUUCUUACAUUUUAUAAAUAUUCAAACAAGAAGUGCUGAUGAAGGAUCUACUAUUAUUUACUUUUGUCCCAAUUGUAAAAAACAAACAACCGUAAAUAAUUAA